UCUUGAUGAUGGACAUGUUCCGUUAGGUAGUUGGGAGUUGGCGAUUAAGAAGUCUAGUUCCACGUCCUCAUCUGGGACAGAAUCAUGGUCGGGACCUCUUCCAGUCGACGUUUAUGGUCUUAUUCCCUGAUCUGUGCGUGGUGUUUGUGUUCACUUUGCGAGAACUCGCUUCAAGAUGAUUCUGGGGAUUCGGUGAAUGUUCAAUGGACCUCAAAACUUCCCGCUGGGGCUUUUGAGGAUGUGGUGGGUCCACCCUCAGCCCAAACCAGUGGUUCCAAUAGCACCAAUGGGUCCACCACAACUUCAAAGGAUUGUGGCUCUUGGGAACCGAAGAUCGACAAAUGCAGCUUCUGGAUGGAAGGAGUACUUAUCAGUAUAACAGGAUCCUUUGGAUUGGUGGGAAACCUAAUCAGUAUGGUGAUUCUGUCCAAGCCCAAUAUGUACAACUCGUUUAAUCAGCUUCUGAUCACGCUCUCGGCCAUGGAUUCAAUAUUUAUUAUUCUGGCGAUUGUGGAUUAUUCGUUUGUUCGGGCGUUCAAGUGGUCCUUCAAGGCCUUUGUCUAUUUGUUUCCAUACGUCAUCUACCCUUUGAAUAAUAUUUCAUUCUGCGCCUCCAUCUUCACUACUGUGGCCAUGGCUUAUGAAAGAUACAUUGCGGUCUGUCGACCACUCCAUUAUCGGGAUAUCACAACGCGCUACUCUGUUCAAAGAAGGACCUUAAGCUACAUCUUGCCGGUCAUUUUGGUCUCGGUGAUCUUAAAUGUUCCCAAAUUCCUGGAGACCCGCUACUAUUGGCGCCCUUCAAUGUCCAAUCCAAACGAAACGGAGCUGGCCUUUGGCGUAUCGGACCUCCGUGGUGACCCCAACUACAUCCGCUUCUACAUCAACUGGACCCGAUUGAUCACCACGGGCCUCGUUCCAAUGGUAGCCCUGAUUUUCUUCAAUUGGAACAUCUUCCGCGGAAUACAAAUGACACACGAGCGCACACGCAAGAAAAAUAAACAGAAGGCCUCGGAGAUGAAUUUGGCCGCCAUUCUGUUGUGUAUUGUGUUCCUAUUUUUCAUUUGCCACUUCCCAAGAAUCCUACUGAACGUUCAUGAAUUUUUCAUGUUGGCGGACAUGAUUCAAUGUGAACAAGCGUUUGUGCCCCCCGCUUGGUUCCUUUGUACUACUUCCUUCAAUCACUGGCUUCUGAUUGUCAACGCAUCCAUAAAUUUCCUGAUCUAUUGCUCGGUGGGGAACAAGUUCAAGGAGAUCAUCAUGGGAUUUUGCACCCGUUCUUGCCCUUGUGGAUCCUACAUUGCUCGCUUCGCUUCUCGAGGGGCGGAGGGCUCGCCCAAUUCGAGUUCACGCGGUCCCAUGGCGCCCACUGUUAUGACCACGAUAACUCAUGCCAGUAAUGAAACUCAAAACUCCAUGGAUGAUCGAAUUGAAGACCAACUGGACGAGCCUAAUGAGACUCUGACCUUGAACAAGGUCGGUGAGGCACACGAGUUGGCCCAUGAAGAAGUGCACACUCUCGAGGUCGAGCAAUCCAGCCCUGACGGGGAGGAUCGGGCCCAGUGAAUAGAAUGUACUGAAUGCUGUUCCAUGUCGAAUUCCAAUGUUCUGUGAAUCUGGUUCAUCUCGUAAAAUGAAAAAUGUCUCCA